AUGGCCGAUGCCGCCAACGCCGCUGCCAAGCAGCCCCUGAAGAAGAAGCAGGCUUCGACCGCCAACAAGGCCUAUUUGAUCUUCUACAACUUCGUCUCAACCGUCCAAUGGUCCGUCGUGCUCGGCCGUACCGUCCUGCUGCUCGGCCUGUAUGGGCCUGAGUAUGUCUACCCUAAUGCUGGCCAGUAUACAAAGUGGACGCAAACCUUGGCUGGCUUGGAGGUGCUGCACUCGCUGCUCGGCGUCGUUCGUGCUCCCCUCCUCACCACUCUCAUGCAAGUCGCCUCGCGCUUCCUCCUCGUCUGGGCCAUUGUCGACGUCUUCCCCUUCCUCGCCCUCUCGCCCUUCUACUCGUCCAUGCUGAUCGCAUGGUCCGUCACCGAGAUCAUCCGCUACUCCUUCUUCGCCCUCUCGCUGUCCGGUUUCCAGCCCAAGUUCCUCACCUGGCUGCGCUACAAUACCUUCUUCGUGCUCUACCCUGUUGGCAUCUUCAGCGAGUGCGCCCUCAUCUGGCUCGCCACUGAGCCUGCGGGCCACAUUAACGAGAUGUACACGUGGGCUCUGUAUGCCAUCUUGGCUAUCUAUGUUCCCGGCGCUUAUGUCUUGUACUCGCACAUGAUGAGCCAGAGGCGCAAGGUUAUGCGCAACCUCAAGACCCAGGGCCAGAAGGCUCAAUAA